AUGUCAUCCUUCUUUGGGAAACUAAAGAGCCAGAAUGCUCCCGCACCAGCGGUGGGCACCACCCCGAUGAAGAGGGAUCCAAAUGCGCCCGUCCCGACCCCUCUAGAGCGCAUGCUGAAAAAUGCUGGUCCUCUUCGCAACGAUGGGAGUGAUAAAUUCUUUGGCAUGGAAAACUUUGGAAAUACCUGCUACUGCAAUUCCAUCUUACAAUGUUUAUAUUAUUCGGUCCCUUUCCGAGAACAUGUUCUCUCGUACCCACGUCACUCUACGCCCGAGUCCAUCGCCGAAGCACAAGCUCAUGCGCCACCACGAGUGACUCCCAGUCAAGCAAAUGGAGCAGCGAAGAAGCCGCCAGGGCCCAGCUCCUCACGAAAUGCGGGUGCUCCGCCACAGCAGCAAAAGCCCGAGGACAAGGAUUCGCCUGAGUAUAAGAAGAAACAAGCCCUUGCGGCAGGUCCCAUACUGAACAUGAGCUAUGGAAACGCGCGGAGCUAUGACAUGCCCGAGAACCUUUUCACCACUCUCAAGGACCUCUUUGAAGCCGUUGUUGUGGACAGAAACCGAAUGGGUGUGAUCAGUCCCAUCAAGUUCCUAAACACACUCCGCAAAGAGAACGAAAUGUUUAGAUCGGCCAUGCACCAAGAUGCUCACGAGUUCCUCAAUCUUCUACUGAACACAGUGCUUGAAAAUAUUGAAGAACAUGAUAGGACCCUGAAUGCUCAAAAGUUGAUUGAGCAGACUCAACUCCCCGUGGAAGAGCCCGAAAGUAUGAUAACGAAGAACGACUCAGCAACAGUUUCUUUCCCUCCUGUGUUACCAACUCCGACGACACACUCAAACACGCGCUGGCUGCACGAGUUGUUUGAAGGCACCUUAACGUCGGAGACACGGUGCCUAACCUGUGAAAAUGUUUCGCACCGUGACGAGCCAUUUCUAGAUCUGUCUGUGGAUUUGGAACAGCAUUCAUCUGUUACCGCUUGUCUCCGCAGAUUCUCUGAAGAAGAGAUGCUGUGUGAGCGGAACAAGUUCCAUUGUGAUAAUUGUGGGGGCCUGCAAGAGGCCGAGAAGCGCAUGAAGAUCAAGAGAUUACCAAGGAUUUUGGCUCUGCACCUCAAAAGAUUCAAGUAUACUGAAGACCUCCAGCGGUUACAGAAGCUGUUCCAUAAAGUCGUUUACCCCUACCACCUCCGACUCUUCAACACCACCGAUGACGCCGAAGAUCCGGACCGAAUAUACGAGUUAUAUGCUGUCGUCGUCCACAUUGGUGGAGGCCCCUACCAUGGUCAUUACGUCGCCGUCAUCAAGACUCAGGAUCGAGGUUGGUUGUUGUUUGACGAUGAAAUGGUGGAACCCGUCGACAAGAACUUUGUCCGCAAUUUCUUCGGAGACAAACCUGGACUUGCCUGCGCUUAUGUUCUAUUCUACCAAGAAACCACUAUCGAGGCCAUUCGAAAGGAACAGCAGAUGGAAGGCAAGCGACGUGCUUCCCAGGAUCUCCCUAACGGACUUGCCUCCGACGCUAGACACUCAGCCGAACUACAUCGGAUCCAGACGGUCAAUCCCAUGGCGUCGCCCGAGAGCGUGAGUAACGAUGGUAAUCAUCACUACGCGACACUUGACCAUGCCAUGACAGCACCAGAAUUCAUGCCGAACGGUCACGUUCAGCGCCCGCAAUCCCCGACCUUGACUUCGGAUAGGCCAGUCAGUCCAGUCAUCCAAAGCAAAAAGGAAAAGGCAAGAGAAGAAAAACUUCGCAAGGCGACCGAGAAGCAGGCUGAAAAAGAGAGACAAGAGGCGGAAAGACAACGUCGGAAAGACUUGGCGGCAAAGCUGUCAGAAGCACACAAGAAGCAAGAGGCCGAGCUGAAAGCUGCCUUGGAAGCCAGCAAAGCUAGCAAAGCCGAGGAAGACAAGCGCCACGCCCUUGAACGCAGCACCACUUCACCCAACGGGAGCCAUCACUCUGGCCUUGACCGGUUCAAGCGCUCGAAGAGUCUACGGUUCGGAUCAUUGACGAAACGAGAUAAACCGUACCCGAAGCCAUCGGAUGAGAAUCUCGCAACAUCGUCGGCGUCAGCAGAGACGGACACCCCCGACCUUGAGAAGGACAACCACCAGGAUAGUCCACCUAAGGAAAAGAAAAAUCGAUUCAGUAUUCGGAAAAAGUCAUUUGGCAUGUUGUCUUGA